CUCAACGAUGCGCAUCCCUGCCGCCUGUCCGCGCGCGCUCCUGCAAACAAAACAUGCCUUGGCUAUGUGUGCUUCAACACUGCCCCGUCAAAACGGCAGCAGGAACAGAUAAAAAACAACCUAAUCAAUGGGGAGUUAUAAAAGUUAUUAGAGCACCGUCUUUGGUAUGAUACGUCUGGCGUGGAGUGCGUGGAGGACUGCGCAGAGCUUCACGUUGGAUGCUACAAGUUUGAAGGAUGACAAUACGCCUGGAAAUGGGGGAUCAGCGCCAAGGGAACCAAGAAUGGAUUUAAGUACCAUCGCCUUUCUCUUGCCGAACUCAUCCGAGGAUACUAACGGCACGAGCGCGCCGAGCCUGCCGCCGCACUCACAGUGCGCGUCGGUGCUCAUCGUUCUCGUGGUGACCGUGAUCAUUUUGGUGACCAUCGUGGGGAACGUGUUGGUCGUGGUGGCCGUGUUUACCAGUCGCGCUCUGCGCGCCCCACAGAACCUCUUUCUGGUCUCUUUAGCGGCUGCAGAUAUUUUGGUGGCCACUUUGGUUAUUCCUUUCUCCCUGGCCAACGAAGUAAUGGGCUACUGGUACUUUGGAAGCACCUGGUGUGCUUUUUACCUGGCUUUGGACGUGCUUUUCUGCACGUCGUCCAUUGUUCAUCUCUGCGCCAUAAGUUUGGACAGGUACUGGUCGGUUACCAAAGCGGUCAGCUACAACCUGAAGAGGACUCCGCGGAGAAUAAAGAUCAUGAUCACGGUUGUGUGGGUCAUUUCAGCGGUGAUUUCCUUCCCGCCGCUUCUCAUGACUAAGCACGACGAACUGGAGUGUUUGCUGAACAACGAGACUUGGUAUAUCCUCUCCUCCUGUAUAGUGUCGUUUUUUGCACCGGGUGUCAUUAUGAUUUUGGUGUACUGCAGGAUCUACAGGGUGGCCAAACAGCGCGCGUCCACUGUCUUCGUGGCCAAGAACGGAAUGGAGAGGCAGCCGUCGCAAUCCGAGACCUGCUUCGUGCGUAAAGGCAAAUCCGAGGUGGAGAGCCCCAGCAGCCACAGCUCGGGCAGCCGAGAGCGCAAAGGAGAACUCGACGACAUCGACCUGGAGGAAAGCAGCGUCUCCAACAGGCACAGGAACUCGCGCUUCGCCAAGAGCAGGAAAGUGGAGGGCGCGCAAUCGUGCCCAAAGCCCAACGGGCGGCUGUCGUGGGCUUGCAGCCGCGCGUCGGAGCUGGAGCAGGAGCCGAGGGCGCGUCAGCUGUCUUUGUCCAAAUCCAAACUGGCACAGAUGCGGGAGAAGCGCUUCACCUUCGUGCUGGCGGUGGUGAUGGGGGUGUUCGUGCUCUGCUGGUUUCCUUUCUUCUUCACCUACAGCCUUCACGCCAUAUGCCGAAAAAGUUGCACAAUACCGGAGUCUCUGUUCAAUCUCUUUUUCUGGAUUGGUUACUGUAACAGCUCAGUGAACCCCAUCAUUUACACCAUUUUCAACAGAGACUUUAGGAAAGCGUUCAAGAAGAUAAUGUGCCGACAUUCUACACGCACGUAAAUGCACACACAUAUUGUAUGUGGGUCAGUGACAAGUAAGAGCGUUACAGAUGAGGGAAACAAAUAUAAUAUAAUAUAAUAUAAUAUAAUAUAAUAUAAUAUAAUAUAAUAUA